CGCCUGUCCUAUGCGAGCCUCCGUAGAGCGCUCUGUUGUCAGUGGAAAGCGGAGCCCGAUGCCCGUACUGAUGGGGGAGACAGGAAGCCUUUGUUAUCUUUAAAGCUGAGACAAGAAAGCCAUGCAUCAUGGUAACGGGCCCCCAAACACUACACGGCAGCUUCAGCGGUCCAGGUCCUUCACUGGCAAUGAAGGAGAAGAAUCUUCAAUGCAAACAAAUUUGCCCCAGUCUCCUGCACCAUCAUUUGCUCCAGCAGUCAGUUCACCUGGACCCCAAUCCCCUGGUUAUCAGAUACAGCAGUUAAUAAUGAGCCGAAAUCCAGUUGCUGGUCAGAAUGUGAACAUUACUCUACAGAAUGUGGGGCAAGUGGUUGCUGGAAACCAGCAGAUAACACUGACUCCACUGCCUAUCCCUAAUCCAGCCUCUCCUGGGUUCCAGUACAGUUCCCAAAGGAGAUUUGAACACAGUUCUCCAUCAUAUAUUCAGGUCACAUCCCCAAUGUCUCAACAGGUACAAACACAAAGUCCCACGCAACCUAAUGCCGUGCCUAUCCAAGCAUUACAAGGCGUCAGAACAGCAACUGCUGGAGCUAGUUUGGGAAUGUGCAGCCAGAGUCCCACGCGUGGCUUUGUGGAUGCUAGUGUGCUUGUGAGACAGAUCAGCUUGAGCCCUUCAAAUGGUAGUCACUUUGUUUUUCAAGAGGGAUCUGGUCUUACACAGAUAACACAGGGAGCCACAGCUCAGGUACAACUUCCAUCUGGGGCUGCACAAGCCAGCAUGCGGGAACGUAGACUGUCACAACCCCAUUCUCAAACUGGAGGAACCAUUCAUCACCUUGGACCUCAGAGUCCUGUGGCAAGUGGAGCAAAUAUGCAGACUUUGACCACACCAAGUCACAUAACCACAACCAAUCUACCACCACAGAUAAGCAGUAUUAUACAAGGCCAGCUCAUUCAGCAGCAGCAGGUUCUCCACAGCCAGCAGUUGGGUAGGACCAUUAGUUUUGAUAGAACUUCUGGAGGAAUGAUAGCAGGAGUAGCAGGGGCUACAUCCUUUGGCAUAACAACUUCACCAACACCAACAAGUCCAUCACGAAUUUCUGGUCCCCAGGGACUCUCUAGUCUUCCUCUUACUCCAACAGUAAACACUGUUAAGAAACAAAGUAAGAAACUUGAGGAGAUCCCACCAGCAACUGCUGAAGAUGCCCAGAUGAGGAAACAGUGCUUGGAGCAUCAUCAUAAAAGUAUGAAAACAAUGAAGGAAAACUUCAAAGAUUAUCUCAUUGAGUUGUUUUUCCUACAACACUUUCAAGGAAACAUAAUGGAUUUUCUGGCUUUCAAGAAGAAACCCUCUAUGGGUCUCCAGGGUUACCUUAGACAAAAUGACUUAGAUCUAGAAGAGGAAGAAGAUGAAGAACAAUCUGAGGUUAUUAAUGAUGAGCCAUCUCUGACAGGGAGCGGAGCAGUAGGAACAGCCAAUGCAAUAGAUAUCGAGGCCUUUAAACGACAGCAAGCCCUCACACAAGCAGACCCCAGCAAGAGAGCACGCCUGGAUGUAACACGUCAUGGAAUGGUGUACCAGCAUCCAGGGGUGGCAUCUGGGGUACCCCUACAGCAGCUUAUGCCCACUGCACAAGGGGGAAUGCCUCCUACUCCUCAGACUGUGCAGCUGACAGGGCAGAAGCAGAACCAACAACAAUACGAUCCCUCCAAGGGACCCCCUGUGCAGAAUGCUGCCAGCCUACACACCCCUCCUCCUCAGUUACCUGGCAGGGUGCAGACUCCCAAUAUUCCCAUAUCUUCCCUUCCCACUGCCCUGCACCUGGCACAACAGCAACAACAAAUCGCAGAAGGUCAAAUCCAGGUACAGGUUAAAACCCAGGCUCCGGGGGUUCCGAUCCAGGCAUCUUCCCAGAACCAGUUGCCAUCACAGAUCUCCCAGUCCCUGCAGCCAGCAUUUCAUGCUCAGAUGCCAAAAACUGUAUCACAGGCACAGGGCGCAGUUCAACAGACUGUCACCCUGAUGAGGCCAGCUACAGAGUCUCCUCAACAACGUCUCACCAACAGCAGUGCACAGCAAAGCUCUUUUGUGGCUCCUGCUGCCAUCUCUACCAAUAACUCCAUUGCGUCCUUCUCGCUGUCAACAAACAGAACUAACCAAGCUUCAAAUAAAUCCACCAUUUCCAAAGCCUCUGCAGGACCAGUUGGCAUUAAAAUCCAGACUUCUUCUCAGAGUACGGCUGGAGCAACUCCAGACAAUGCACAAGACAAACUGAUGGAACAGGAAAACCUUGUACAUCAGCGCAUUGCAGAUCUUCGUAAGGAAGGUUUAUGGUCUUUGAGGAGGCUUCCGAAACUGCAAGAACUGUCCAGACCCAAAUCUCACUGGGAUUACUUGUUAGAGGAGAUGCAAUGGAUGGCUGCAGACUUUGCUCAAGAAAGGAUGUGGAAGGUGGCUUGUGCAAAGAAGUUGGUGAGAACUGCUGCCCGUUAUCAUGAAGAAAAGAGAGUGAACUAUGAGCGAGCCCAGAAAGAAGAGGAGAACAAACUGAAGAGGAUUGCUGCUACAAUUGCUAGAGAGAUUGAGUUUUUCUGGUCCAACAUUGAACAAGUUGUGGAAAUUAAAUUACAAAUGGAGUUUCAAGAAAAAAGGAGGAAAGCGCUAAAUCUAAAUAUGGACUCCAUGAAAGGCCCACUUAAAGCAAUCGAAGAAGCUUGUGUGAAGCACAAACAUGGAAGCAAUAAAAUUUCACCAACUUGGAGAAAACGAAAAGCAAGUGCCUCUUGGAGUGAUGGGGAAGGUGAAGAUGAGGAGACCACGGCAGAGCAGGAAACCAAAGAUGGGAACAUUGACCACCAAGCUGAACUCACUGAUUUACUGCGGGAAGAUGUGAAAGAGCUAAGUGGAGAUUCAGAAGUGCCGCAGAAACAUACUAUCCUCAUUGACUCAUUACUAGAUACAGCCCAGUUUAGAACGGCUGACAGGACAAGUCCAGCACAUUUGAGCUCCAGAAAACACACCAGAGAUAUUGGAGAUGUGGCCAGGGCAGCAGAGCUACUUCUCCCUAGUGGGAGCGCACGGAUUACAUGUGCAAUGAAGCCACAACUUUCUCAUCUGUUUCAUGGCACUCUACGAGAGUACCAACAAGUGGGCCUAGAAUGGAUGGAGAAGCAGUACAAGAAGAAUCUUAAUGGCAUUCUGGCUGAUGAGUCCGGGCUAGGCAAAAAUGUUCAAGUUAUUGCCCUCAUGGCGCAUAUAGCCAGUAAUGAAGGUAACUGGGGUCCGCACCUGUUUGUGGUGAGAAGCUGUAAUUUGAAGUGGGAGCUGGAAUUUAAAAGAUGGUGCCCAGGUUUAAAGCUGCUUUUAUACUUUGGCAAACAAAGAGAGCUAAGAAAAAAGAGACAGAGAUGGGAUGAGCCCAACAACUUCCAUGUCUGCAUCACCUCUUACAAGCAGCUGUUCAAGGGACUUCAGGCUUUCAUGAAGAUGAGAUGGAAAUACCUUGUCUUGGAUGAAGUCCAUCAGAUCCGCAACCUGAAUGAGAAACACUGGGAUGCUAUCUUCAAUCUGCCAAGCCAGAACCGACUGCUUUUAAGGGACACCCCUCUGCAAAAUACAUGGAUAGAUCACUGGACUAUGGUCCAUUUUUUAAUCCCUGGAAUAUCCAAGUCUUAUCUGGAUUUCCCACUAAGAACCAGUGGAGAAGAAAGCCAGGAGAAUUACCACAAGCUUUUCAUCAUGUUGCAUAAGACUGUACGACCUUUUAUAUUACGAAGAUGCAAAAAAGAUGUUGAGAAGCAACUAACAAAAAAAUAUGAGCAUGUUCUCAAGUGUCGUCUUUCCAACCGCCAGAAAGCGUUAUAUGAGGAUGUCAUUCUACAACCAGGAACUCAGGAUUCCCUGAAGGGAGGACAUUUUGUCAGUGUUCUUCAUGUCUUGAUGCAGUUACAAAGGAUCUGUAACCAUCCAGAUUUGGUGGAUCCUCGGUCUGGACAUUUCUCUUAUGCAUUUGAACCUCUGAAUUAUGAGACGUCAUCACUUGUAUUACAAGCAUUAGAAACUGGUCCCUGGAAGAAGCCAGAUCUCUCUCUGUUUGAUCUUCUGGGACUUGAAACUAAAAUAACACAUUAUGAGGCCCAGGUGCUGCCUGUCCUAAAGGUGACUAGAAGACUAAUGGAGGAAAUUUACAACUCUCCUGACUCUACGCCUCAACCCAACCCAGUGAAGAUUAAAGCGAACAGGUUGUUUCAACCAGUUCUUUAUGGUCAAAAACCAGAAGGGAGAACUGUGGCUUUCUCCAACACGCCAGCAUCUCGACUAGUUACCACAACCACUGCCACAGUAACUCAGCAGGGCCAGGCACGAGGACGAUCCCUAGUUACAACCGCCUCGGCAAAUCAAGGAGGUGAAGUGGUGAAAAUCGCUCAGCUGGCUUCUUCUGGUGCAGCUCAAGGAAGAAUAGCACAGCCCAAAACCCCAGUUACCCUGCAGUUCCAAGGAAACACAUUCACGCUGUCCCAGAGCCAACUGCGCCAGCUGACUGCUGGACAACCGCUGCAACUGCAAGGGAGCGUUCUGCAGAUUGUUUCGGCUCCGGGACAGCAGUAUCUUCGACCUCCUGGGCCUGUAGUAAUGCAGACAGUGGCUCAAGGGACCGCAAUUCAAAAUGCAAUAAAUGCUUUGGGAAACCAGCACUCUGCCAACGUACCCUCUUUGGCUCCUCAAACAGGAAUUCAGGGAAGAAGUAUCAUGCCUUAUCCUGGUGGUGGCGAUCCUUCAUCUUCUCUCAAAACCUCCCAGAGUUCAGUUACCCCAGCACAGGAUUUGGCAGAAGAAAAGCAGCGCAUAUUAAGAGAUCACCUGGAACGACUGUUUACCUGUAAUGAACGGCGCUGUGCACAGGCUCCCAUUUAUGGGAGUGACCUCUUAUCCCUUUGUCAAAUGCAGUCUCCUAGAUUUCAUCCACCUGCGAAAGAAACACAGUGGGGAUGGAUAGGAUCUGUGAACUGUCUUCUAUCUAGGGACCCUCUGAGGAAACUCAUUCUAUCCACAGAGCAGCAGAAGGCAAUGCUGGAACCCCUUGCAAGAAGUGCAUUGUGUGUGGUGCCUGCCGUUGUUGCACCACCUCCAGUUUUGACAGUACCACAUCCUCCACCAUUAUAUAUUCACAACAUGAAGAUGUUAAGUCACAGUUUGAAGGAGCAAGCAGCACCGUACUUGCAGUGCUUGCGAGAACGAACAUCUCCUAAUUGUGUGCAGACGCCUGACUUGCGGCUCAUCCAGUGUGAUUCAGGAAAGCUUGAAGCAUUGUCCAUACUUCUCCAAAAGUUGAAGUCUGAGGGUCGACGUGUUUUGAUCUUCUCUCAGAUGCUGCUAAUGCUAGACAUCUUGGAGACCUUUCUGGACAUCAACCAUUUCACUUUCUUAAGGAUCGAUGAGUUUGCAAACUAUGAACAGUGCCGUGAUCUGAUGAGGAGCUUUAACCAGGACCCCCGGAUUUUCUGCAUUUUGAUAUCAACCCAAAGCCGAUCACUUGGAGUUCCCUACGUGGAAGCAGACACAGCAAUUUUUUAUGACAGUGAUUUAAAUCCAGUGAUGGACUCUAGAGCUCAGUCAUGGUGUGAUCAGAUUGGAAGGACAAAAGAUAUCCACAUAUAUAGGCUCAUAAGUGGAAAUUCAGUUGAAGAGAAGCUGCUGAAGAAUGGCACCAAGGAUUUGAUUCGAGAAGUUGCAGCUCAGGGAAAUGACUUUUCUAUGGCUUUUCUAACUCAGCAAACCAUUCAUGAGCUAUUUGAGCUUUAUUCCCCUCUGGAAGACUCAGGAUUUGGAGUAAAGGCAGAAGAAUUUGUAAUGCUAUCUCAGGAGCCACCUCCAGCAGAGACAAUAGCUACAAAAUUUGCCAAACCAUUUAUAGAGGCUUUGAAGAGUAUUGAACAUGGACCUGAAAUAGAUAUGGAGUUAUCUGUGCCUGAGACAAAAGACGUUAAGGUGACAGAAAUGGAAAACGAUUUUGAGGAGACCUCCGAAUUGAAGGAGCUGGCUGCAGUGGUGGAACAGCUCACCCCCAUUGAGAAGUACGCCUUGAACUACCUUGAGGAAUUCUAUACAUCAAGCACUACAGAAAAGCCAGAGAAAACAGAGAAUGAUGUAAACAUGGCCAAGAAGACAUGGGAAGUGCAGAAGUUAAAAGAAGACAAGGAAUGGGAGGAGAAAAUGGCCUGGGAAGAAGCAGAUGAAGAACUAUUGACCUACACAAGAGAAGAUGCUUAUAAUAAGGAAUUUAUCUAUGACAAUCCAGAGGGACAGACAGAGGUAAUGCCAAUCUGGACACCACCUACUCCCCCGCAAGACGAGAAUGACAUUUAUAUUGAUUCUGUGAUGUGUCUGAUGUAUGAUACCAACCCCAUCCCAGAAUCAAAACUGCCCCCAGUGUAUGUGAGGAAGGAGCACAAGAGACACAAGACAGAUCCUGCAGCUGCAGGUCGAAAGAAGAAACAAAGGCAUGGAGAAUCAGUGGUUCCUCCUCGUUCUCUAUUUGAUAGAGCAACCCCCGGCAUGCUGAAAGUGAAGAGAGAAGGCAAAGAACAAAAGAAGAACAUCCUUCUCAAACAGCAAACGCAGUUUGCCAAACCACUGCCAACUCUGGUUAAAUCAGCAACUGAAACAGGGCCCGAAAAUCCCGAGUGGCUGAUCAGCGAAGACUGGGCCUUGCUGCAGGCUGUUAAACAUCUUUUGGAGCUACCCCUAAAUCUAACAGUGGUAUCACCAGCUCACACCCCAAACUGGGAUCUAGUCAGUGAUGUGGUAAACUCAUGCAGCAGAAUCUAUCGAUCCUCUAAACAGUGCCGCAGUCGGUAUGAAAAUGUCAUCAUCCCAAGAGAAGAAGGGAAGCUCAUGUUUGAAACUAACCCUAAGAAGAAAACCAAGAGUAUAUACAAGACGAAGAACAGCCGCCCUCUUCGGACAAGUCAGAUCUAUGCCCAGGAUGAAGGUGUGACGCACACACAGCUGUACACCAACCGCUUUGAGCUCAUGAAAAUGACAGCAGGAAAGAGAAGCCCCCCCAUUAAGCCACUCUUGGGAAUGAACCCAUUUCAGAAAAAUCCAAAGCAUGCUUCUGUACUUGCCGAAAGUGGAAUAAACUAUGAUAAACCUCUGCCGCCUAUUCAAGUGGCCUCUCUCCGUGCUGAACGCAUUGCCAAGGAAAAAAAGGCAUUAGUAGAGCAGCACCACAGGGCCCAACAGCAGGCUGGUCCUCAGGCUCCACAACAGCCACUACAAAAUGGGCAACAAUCAACCCCGGCUGUCCAACCUGUCCAGGCUCAGUCGCAACAAGUGGUUCAGCAACAGGUCGUUCAACAGCCACAAGCAGUCGUUGCUAGCCCAUCUGUUACAAAUGUACCAACCACUGCAGUCCUGGCUGGAACCAUAAAGACGGCAGUGACAGGAGCAAGUAUACAAGCUGCUGCUGUUAGUGGGAAUGUCAUUGUAAAUACUGUUGCGGGUGUCCCUUCUGCCACCUUCCAACCUAUCAAUAAGAGACUGGCAUCUCCUGUUAUCCCCGGAACACUAACCGCUCCUGGUGGGGCAGCACAAGUAGUCCACGCCCAGCAAAGAGCGGUAGCCACUUCAGCGUCAUCUGCCGAGAUGGUCACUAUAGCCACCAAUCAGGGUGUUCGAGCCGUAACCCCAGUGACUGGUGGAACUGUGGUGUGCAGCAGUCUCACUCCUGUCCAGACACAGGCCAGGUCAAUAGUUACUCAGGUGACAACAGCCACAACUGCUGGGGUUCAGCUUGCCAGCAAAGCCAUCAGUCCAGCCCAGUUCCAGCUUCUUCGACAACAGCAGGCUGCCCAAGUACAGGUUCCCCAGAUCCAGGCUCAGGCACAGUCCCCUGGGCAAAUAAAAGCUGUAGGCAAAUUAUCACAGGAACAACUACUGAAAUUGCAAAAGCAGAAAAUGCAGCUUCCGCAACAGACAACUCAGGCGGUAGCUCAACAACAACAGCAGCAACCACCUGCACAAGGAGCCCCACAGACAGCGCCUGCGCAGGGGCAGCAGCAACAACAGCCAGCACCACCACAGCAACAGGCUCAGCAGCUGACUGCAGUCACUGCACCUAGAGCUGGAGCCGUUCUCGCAGGGGCGGUUACUAAUCUACAUGUGGCUCGUCUGCUUCAGGCCCAGGGGCAAAUCCAGGCCCAACCAGGACAAACUGCACAAGUGGCACUAGCAAAGCCUCCAGUGGUGUCUGCCGUGGUGUCAUCCACAGGAGUGACCACGCUCCCUGUCACAGUGGCAGGAAUCAGUGUUGCUAUUGGCCAACCUCAGAAAGCUGCAGGUGGACAGACUGUGGUUGCUCAGCCUUUGAAUGUACAGCAGCUCUUGAAACUAAAGCAGCAACAACAACAACAAAAAGCCUUGCAGUCUGGGGCGUCUCCGGGACAGGCCUCUGUGCAGCAGCAAAAGCAGAUAACUCAACAAGUUACCGUCCAGGCUCAGCAACAACAACAGGCCCAACAGCAGAAGUUGACCUACGCUACUCAGCCAGCCAUUAAAACACAAUUCCUCACCACGCCUAUCACUCAGACUCAAAAGUCACCUGGUGCCCAACAAGUACAGGCACAGAUUCAGGUCCAGUCGCAGACUGUUACACUGACCCAGGCAACAGCGUCAGGUCAACAGCAGGUGCAAGUGUUACCAGCGGGUUCAACAGCAGCCCAAGUGGUGCAGCAGAAGAUUCUUCAGCAGCAGCAGGUGGUGGCAGCUGCAUCACCACAGCUUCAAACCCCAUCCAACCAGAGCCCAGUGCCAACUUCAGGCACUGCAGAGGCGCAAAGCCAGCAAGCAAAGCUCCAAGUCAGAGCAUCGACUGUCCGCAUCAAAGCGCCCACUAAACCUAGCUGAGAAACCAAGAGGAAUGAAGAAAAGUUCCGGAGUGCACAUUCAGAUAACUUCCCUUAGACAUCCUCAUACUAAGCACCUCUCAAUAACAUCUAGUAUUGUGUCUUUUAUGUCUCAUUCAUCUGUUGAGAUUGUUGUUUAGAAAAAGGGAUAUAAAGAAAAGGCAAUGCCAAUCCUGCUCCUCCCAAGAAGAUGUCCCAAACUAGAAGUCCUGACUUGGGAAUGGACGAUGGUUCUCAGACGAAAAGGAAUGUAAAGGAACUUAUUUUUUUUCCUUUUUUUAAGUACUCUUGGCAUUUUAUGUUCUUAGCUGUGUUGGGAUUACUUUUUGCUUUUCAAGUUUAACAUUUCAGUUUUCUAAAAAGGGAAGAUACAAAAAAUGGGAUAUUCAGUGACAUCACUGAAUGCUUGUCCGCAAUCCAUGACGUUUGUAUGGCAGGUAAAGCUUUAAGCAUCUGAUUGAUGUUUCAAAAUGAAUAUUCCCAAGUGGUAAAAAUCUUUGUGUACGUGAAUGACUCUUUGUGAAGCUUCACUAAAGGCAGGUACUAGGAGACAUGAAUCCAGCUGCAUUGCCAGUGUCUGUCCCUGGUCUAAGACAUUGUGGUACAGUGUGCAGAGAAGUACUGUAGCUGCUCCAGUAUGAUUAUAUUGUGUGGAAUCCCACUAAAGUGCUGUAUACAGAUUUACAGCACAUCUUGAUGUUACUUUUUGUUGUUUUGCACUUUUUAUUCUCCCAUUUAGUUCAGUUUUACAUCAACAUAGUUGUAUGUUUUGUGCUUUUUUUUUUACUUUUUAAAUAAUCAACUUGUGCACUUUUGGGAAUAUCUGAUCUUACCAAUAGACCUUCAUGGUUUAAUGUAAGGAAAGUAUGGCUUAGAUGACCUGAACUUUAGUCCAGUCAGUGUAUAAUAAUAGUUGGACUGUGUAGUGGGUGCUAAGACAGGAAUGGGCGCUCUGCUGUGCAGUUAGCACUCCAAAGAUGGCAGAGGUUUUCCACGCAGCCAGAUAUUUGGUGAGCUUUAAAAGCUGCUUAGUUUCCUUUACAACUUUAAAGUGACCUCCAAUUACAUAUAAAACUACUAUAGUACAGGAGGGUGCUCAAUAAUCGUUCUUAUAAAUAACUUGUAUUUCAGAUUCUUGGCCUGAGGGCUGCUCAUAUCUAUGCACUAGUAGACAGAGCAUCAUGCCCGGCUCCUUAGCCAGGGAACCAGUGCUGUUGGAUGUAGUGUGAUUCUACAGCACUGGUUCCUCUACUGGAUAUGGGGGCCUAGGAAGGACAGCAGGGCGCUCUGUCUCCGACUACAUAGAUAUGAGCGACCCCCAGCUGGUCUUUGCAACUAUUUAGAAGCAGAAUUUGCCAUUGUGGGCACUCCUGCACUAUAAUCAUUUUUCUAUAUAACUGGAGUUCACUUUAAAGUGAUGUAAUUUGGAGCUUAAAAAAAAAAAUAUACUAAUGAAUUUAUUUUACUGUGGAUGGGGCUUCACAGUUCCAUCAUUAAAGGGGUUUUCAGAGUGUUUUAUACUGAUGACCUAUCUUCAUUGUAGGUCAUCAGUAUGUGAUCAGUGCGGGUCCGACUCCUGACACUGUCCCCCCUCCCUCCCUGAUCGGCUGUUUGACGAGACUGCAGCCUCCUCACCGCUGACCAAGCACAGCACCGUCCAUCGGAUAGUGGCUGUGCUUAGUAUUGUAGCUCAGCCCCAUUAAAGGGGUUUUCAGAGUGUUUUAUACUGAUGACCUAUCUUCAUUGUAGGUCAUCAGUAUGUGAUCAGUGCAGGUCCGACUCCUGACACCCCCCUCUCCCUCCUUGAUCGGCUGUUUGACGAGACUGCGGCCUUCCCAUCCACCAAGCACACCACCGUCCAUUGGAUAGUGGCUGUGCUUAGUAUUGCAACUCAGACCCAUUCACUUGAAUGUGACUGAGCUGUGCCUAGGCCACGUGACCCAUGAACGUGACGUCACUGGCCUAGGAACAGUUCAACUUAACAGUUGAUCGCCUGCGCUACCAGGAGACGGACCCCCACAAUAUCCUGAGGAUAGGUCAUCAGUAUUAAACAUAACCCCUUUAAGCUGUAAAUGACCCAUCUAUGAAGUGAAAUGGAAUCUGUUUCCAGGUUUACGUUGCCCUGCCUGAGGGCAGCUUAAAUAGUGUCAGAGACCUACAUUAUAGCAGGAUGACUUGGAUACUUUGUUUUGUGCAGCAGUUUUCUUAAAAUCACUGUUAGGGCCAUACCACUGUAUGAAUGGGUCUGUAUCUGUUCCACAAUUUUGUGCAAAGCAUGUGGACCCAUUCAUUUCAAUGGAGCCGCAAAAGAUGUGGACCGCACACAGUUGUUCCGUUCCGCGGCCCCGCAAGAAAGAUAGACAAGAAUAGUCAUUUGUAUCAUAGUGCCGGCCAUGUGCAGUCGGCAAAAUGUGGAACGCACACGGCUGGUAUCUGUGUUUUGCAAAUCCACAAUUUGCGGAUCGCAAAACACUACGGCCGUCUGCCUGAGCCCUUAAGCAACUGCAGCAGGACCCGAGCACCAAUAGUCCACUUAGUGUAUUGCACAUGCUCUGUAGUCUUUCAUAUUCAUGAGCUGCUGUCUACCCUGUCCGUGCUUGGCAGCUUUCUCCCUUUACACUGCCAAUCUUCUGCAUGAGGGUGAGCCCAGUGCUCAUGACUACCAGGGCAGAGCGCUCGGGUCCUGCUGCAGCUGCUCAACAGUCAUUUUCAGAAAAGUACUGCAUGAAACAAGUAAUUCUGUAUUCGGGGUCGGUGUCCCUGGUCUAUGCUGCCGUCAGAUACUUUACUACAUUCAGUAAAAAGCUGUAUGCAGCAACCUCCUAAGCUCUGUUGUCAGCCCGUUCACUUCAAUACCAGUGAUAACAGUCACUGAUCGGCGGGGGUCCCGGGUCCCGGGUGUCCGACCUCUAACAAAAAGGUACAGAACCCCUUUAACGCUAUGGCUGUCAUAAAAAGUGGACUCUUGGGGUAAGAGUGACGGUACUAGACAGUUCGGCAAAAUAUGAACCAGUGUAUAGCCUUUUCGUGUUUUUUUGUCAUAAAAUGUAUUCAUACCUGUGUUGCUGUGCAUGUCACAUCCUUUGUCUUCCUGCUGUUCAACCGACCCAUAAGGCCUUAAAUGGUGUAUUUGUCCUGUACCCAAAUCAGUCCAUGCAUAUUGCUGAAUGUAUAGACAGUGUUUAGCAUCAUGCAUCUCCAAACCCACAGAUUCCCCCUGUUCGUGGUUUACAUUAGAAGCCUGGCAUCUUACGUUUGCACAUAAUUAAUGUGUCGUGUAGAAAAUAGAUAUCUGUACUUGUUAGGUAUGACUAGGAUGUAUAGUUUAGCGUAGCGUGGUAGGUUUUGUAGUUAUGCUAUCACUUGUUGCAUUCACUUAUGACAGAGGUCGUGUCCAUGUUCCCACGUUUACUGUGCCACUUGAUGGUCUAAUGAAGUUCAUAUUACAUGAAAGAGAUGAGUACGAAUGCGGUUCCUUCAGCGGAACGGAGAAGAAACUUGAAUGAAAUGUGUGUGUGUUUGAAGGGGAUUUCUCCUGUUUUCACCCUUUUCUUUGUAUGUAUCUGUUGAUGCUUGUGUGUCUUUCUUUUUGAGGUUGAAAUGUGCUUUUGUUUUAUAUCUCUCUAUAUAUAUGUGGAUAAUUUAAAAUAAGAGCACCCUUUUAUUGCUGGAUAUGUCCACAUUAAAUUAUACGUCCCUUGGCAGUAAAACGGUUAAACGCUUUGUUUCCUUGAACCAUACUGUGUUCAAAAUGUACAUAUACAAUGAAAAUACAUUUGUACGUGCUGUAGAUCCAUAGUGAGUGAUGCAUAGCACAUUGCCAGUGUAAUAAACUGUACAUUUUUUAU